CCUUCCACUACAUCCUGUCGCGAGCAGCACGUAGCCAGUUGUCACCCUCCAAAUCAGAAAAAAACUUUUGUUGGACUUCUUGUUUUUAUUCUUGGGACAAUUAACCGGUGUCUUUGUUGAGAAUGGAUGAUAUCCAGGUCAUUGAGUCAAAGCCUCUGCUUGUGGACAGGGAUUUGAAAGGGUUAAGGGAGGCUGUCCAGCAGCUGGUGAUUAAGGAACAUGAUGUGGAGACUCCAUUUGGCAGAAUCCACUGUACCAUGAAAGGAGUUCCCAAGGGUGACCGGCCCGUCAUUCUCACCUUCCAUGAUAUUGGACUGAACCAAAAAAGCUGCUUUGAACCCUUGUUCAGCCAUGAAGACAUGCAAGAGAUCAUGCAGCACUUUGCUGUGUGUCAUGUAGAUGCACCAGGGCAGCAAGAGGGAGCUAACACCUUCUCAACUGGAUAUGAGUACCCUUCCAUGGACCAACUGUCUGAGACUCUUCCAUCAAUCCUUAAACAUUUUGGACUAAAGAGUGUGAUUGGCUUGGGUGUUGGAGCAGGUGCUUAUAUCCUUGCUAAGUUUGCUUUGGAUUACCCUGCUAUGGCGGAAGGCCUUGUGCUAAUAAACAUCAACCCAUGUGCUGAAGGCUGGAUGGACUGGGCAGCACAUAAAAUCACUGGUUGGACUCAAGCCAUGCCGGACAUGCUCAUCUCUCACCUGUUCGGAAAGGAAGAAAUCCAACAGAACCAUGAUCUUAUUGGCAGGUUCCGUCACCACAUUGUGAAUGACAUGAACCAGUUCAAUCUGGAACUCUUUGUCAAGUCCUACAACAGCCGCAGAGACCUGGAAAUCGAGAGGCCUACACCCGGUGGCCACGUCAAUGUCAGAACUCUAAAAUGUCCUGCACUCCUGGUGGUUGGAGACAGUUCCCCUGCAGUGGAUGCUGUGGUUGAGUGCAACACAAAGCUGGACCCGACCAGAGCCACACUGCUUAAGAUGUCUGACUGUGGAGGCUUGCCACAGGUCGACCAGCCUGGGAAGCUAACAGAGGCUUUCAAGUACUUCAUUCAGGGCAUGGGUUACAUGCCCUCAGCCAGCAUGACCCGCCUGGUCCGUUCCCGCACAGCAUCCGGUUCCAGCAUCACCUCCUUUGAUGGGAACCGCAGCAGGUCGCACACCAACGAGGGCAACCGCAGUCGCUCCCACACCAAUGAAGGCCGCGCUCGAGCCCACACCUCCGAAAACCAACGUGGACGUUCACACACCGACAACAUGGACAGUUCUGUGGACCAGGCUCCCAAGUCCACCGAAGUGUCCUGUUAGACUGGUGACGUUGUCUCCGGUCCAUCUCACACAUGCAUUAACCUCUCUGUUCUGACUGUGCUGCACUGCCACUAACUACCCAUGCAACAAGACUGCCACAUGUUUCCCUCAGGCACCAUUUUAUUAGUCGGAGAGCAUUUACGCCAAAGUGUCUUGUGUUUAAGACGAUUUCCUGGGGAAACGCUGAGGAAGGAGUGGCUAGGAUGGCAAGGGAAAGGAUGGAGUUGAGUGGGGAUUUUUUUUUAAUCUUUUUUGCAAUGGCUGUCUUGUUGUAGUUGGAGGCAAUGCAGCAGAGUUAUUGUGAUGGUCAUCAUCAAAGUAUACUGGGCACUGAGAAGGGCGCAUGAAGAGGUCAGAUGCAAAACCCUCUAAGUGCCAUUUGAAAUUUUCUUCUAGAAUGAUCAUUUUUAUCAAGCUUCUAUAUUUAAGUUCAGUGAUUUCACUUAAAUGGCAAUGAUAAUUACCUAUUAAUUGUUAUUUAAGUGAAAUUACUUAACUUAAAUAUACAAGUUUGACAAAAAUCAUCAUUAAAGAAGAAAAUUUCAAAUGGCAUUUAGAGGCUUUUGCAUCUGAACUCUUCACAUGUUUGUAAAUUUAUGUUGAUCUCUAGUCGGCAAUUUAAUUUCUUCUGUCAAGUUAUUAUACCACACCUUUUUCAUGCUAGUUUGAGUGCAUAAUUAAUUUGUAUAAUCUGUAUAUGUUGAAAUGGACCACUGAAUGGAAAAGGGAUGGUUUGAUCACGGAGUAGAGAUGGUGUUUUUUUCAUUAUGCUAACCUACCUUAUAAAACUAAGGUGUAAGCUCCUAAUGUGUUGAUUUUCAUCCUGUGUGUGUUCCAUUAUUUUGGGUUAUACUUGUAACUCAUUAAAUUAUGCUCUUAAAAAUAAUUUUAAAUGAUUUUUAUUGAUCGAUUGUUUUAACAUUAGUUUAAAUUCAACAAAACAAUUUGUAGAUAGAAGGAUACAGGAAAAUGUCUGUAUAUGAGUGACAUUUUUGUUGUUUUUUGUAUGUAAUGAUGAUUUCUAUGCAAUCAAGCACAACAGAACAAAAUGUGCCAUGGAAUCCUCUACUUGGACUGGAUUUUUUUUUUCUCAAGGCGUUAAAAAAAGAAAGCAAAGGAUCACACGGAGAGACGGAUAAAUAUAAGCAACACACCUGCUCUUCCACGCACACUAAAACAAAAGCUUGCCGCUUGAUAAGGCCCUUUGCUUUGUAAAGAUGUAAAACAACCUGACGCACUGCAUUUUUAAUGGAAUAACGGUUUGUAUUUAUUAAAAAAAGAAAAUAAAAGGCUGGUUACUCAG